UCUCUGUCAGGCUCCACACGAAAGGUCAAAUCCCUCCGUGACCCUACUGCCAAAAUGUCCAAAUCUGACCCCCAGAAACUUGCGACGAUCACCAUCACAGACUCUCCCGAUGACAUCGCGCUCAAGGUCCGCCGUGCCGUCACUGACUUCACCUCAGAGGUCACCUUUGACCCGGAGACGCGGCCCGGCGUGUCUAACCUGGUGACGAUCCACGCUGCCAUGGCGAUGAUCAGCGUGGAGGAGGCGGUGUCCCAGGCCCGAGGGAUGGACACGGGUGCCUAUAAGAACGUCGUCGCUGAGGCUGUGAUUCAGAGGCUGACGCCCAUCAGGGAGGAGAUCGAGAGGCUGAGGUCGGACCCUGCUCACCUGGAGGGAGUGCUGGCUGAGGGGACUCGCAGGGCUCGAGAACUGGCUGCUCCGGUCCUCAGAGAUGUCCGACAGAGAGUGGGGCUCUGCUGAGGGGACACAUUUAGCCUGCAGGCCUUCCCCUCUGCUGCUGAUAUCAGAUUUUAUUCCAAAGACUGUUUACAGCUCCAGGAAAUUAAAGGAAUGUAACUCAUGUGAUCAUGAAAUGUGCUGAAAGCAACAUGGACCAGACUCAGCUGCAGAGUAACAGACUACAGACUGACUGACAGAAAGACAGAUGACCUUUUAUUUAACCUUGUGCAGUUGUCUCGUUGAUGUCGGUGAGGGGGCUGUGUCUUAGUAAUGUUGGUCUGAACGCGGCCAACAUCGUGACUUAUUUAUUUCAUCUUUUGAGUUUUGGCUGUACGUGUUAAAUACCAAACAAACUGUCUUUUUAAUAUUUUUUUCAAUAUUUUGUCUUGUCCUCAGUGCUAACAGUUCCCAGCCAAAAUAAUGAAAAGGGUGCUUAUUCAAAAAGGUAGCAUUUAAGCAGCAUUUGAUCUCAGUGUUCAAAUGCAAGUUCACAGGAUGUCUUACCUGUUCACACUGGCAGCUCAGUGUUUGCAAAUUUUAAUUCGAAUGAGAUUGGAUUCAUGAAAUCCGCACCAACAAAGACAAACAGGUAGUAACAAAAAAUUUAAACAGAUAUGUGGAAAUAAUGCUGGCCUCGCACCAAUCAAUGAGAGUUUUACCUCAGCUGGUGGACACUCCUGUGAUCUCAAACUUUGGUGUGAGGUGGUCAUAAAACUCAGUCCGAGCUGUCUUAAAUCA